CACUGAUAGUUCAGCGCAGUCUUGGUGGAUGUGGGGUGGAAGUUAGACCUGGAUGAGGACUCUGAAGCACGAAGGGGACAAAUAAUCACCAAGGAGUAGACGAGGCAGGAUUCAGAGUCAGCAAGUGAUGGCUCCAGCAUCCUCUCUUCUCGCUGUCAUGAAAUCCCCGCAGGGCCUGCAUAAGGUUUUGAAUCCUGUACCGGAGGAACCCCACAGGACACUGGAACAGGAGAAGUAAAAGAAAGCCUGCCUUGGAAGCCACGCCUCCUCCUGAGGAGAUGCAGAGCCUCAGGACUGAGCAGACACAGGGACUACUGCCUCGAGACAGCAGGGCCUGGGAGAAGCCAUGCCACUCCACCUUCCCCAAGGACUGGGAGGCUGUGGAGGUCGGGGCCUCCAGCUGUGACAGUGAUGAGAAAGAUCUGUCCUCCCAAGAGACUGGGCUAUCUCAGGAAUGGAGCUCAGUAGAAGAAGAUGACGAGUCAGAGGACUCCCAGGGCUUUGUGGAGUGGUCCAAGGCUCCACAGCAAACAACCAUCGUGUUGGUAGUGUGUGUGCUGUUCUUAUUCUUGGUAUUAACUGGGAUGCCCAUGAUGCUUCACAUUUAACUAUCACAACAGCUGCUGUAUGGAGACAUGAGCCCUGUGUCGCGUUAAGAAACUGUCCUGGCUAGAAACCAGGAGUGGAUACUGAGCAUUAAGAAAUGCUUUUCACACAUCCAUUGAAAGAUUUAUUUUUAAUUCUGUAUAUGUGUGUGUAUCUUUGUGUGUAUAUGUGCUAUUGUGAGUGCAGUGCCUGCAGAGGCCAGCAGAGGGAGUUUGAGCCCCUGAAGCUAAAGUUGUAGGCAAUUGUGAGCUGCCUUUAUGGGUGCUGGGAACAGAGCUCUGGUUCUCUACAAGAGCAGUAAGUACCCUUAAAUGCUGAGCUGUGUCUAUAGCUUCAUGAGUUUUUUUUCCCAUAAAAUUUUUAUUAAGAGGUUUCUGUAUUUCUAAAAUUUAUUUAAAUGAAUACAAGGUUGAUUAUAAAAACACAUUAUUUUGUUUACUAUUGAGAAGUUUUGUAUACUCCUGGGCAAGAAAAAAAACCUGUGAAUUAAUUGGAAGACAUUCUGAAUUGGAAGACAUCUCUUCAGAGCAGCUGAAAAGUGUGCAGCUUAGGGUCAAUGUUGACCCAUCUCCCUAUGUUUUAAAAUUACCAUUGUAUAAUUUAACAUUUUGCUUGCCUGUGUUUUUUGUACCAUGUUUGCACCUGGUUCCUGUGGAGGCCAGAAGAAGGUGUUAGAUCUUUUAAAAUUGGAGUUACAGAUGGCUGUGAGCCACUAUGUGGG